CCGUCACCUAAAUCCGUCCGGUCCGUUCCUCUUUCUUCCUCCAGGUGUUCAGACUCAGAUGCGUCGGCUCGACAACUUAUGUUCAAUUUCUGAAUGAAACGGAGCCUUUAAUUCAUUUUCUUAUCAUUUACUUUAACGAGAUAAAAACCUGAAUUCCUCUGAACCUGAAAUAAAUAGUUGGAAUUUAAAAAAAAAUCUCGGGUUUUACUCGUCAUGGCGCCGGAGAUAAUUGCCCCGUCCGUCCGUCCUCAUGGACUCUGAGAAGGAGACGCUGGCGAAGGAGUCGAUCAAGAUGAUGAUGGAUAUGAUCCUCCUCUGUGCCACCCUGGCGCUCUCCCUCUUCUUCUGGGUCACCUCCCUCGUCAUGAGCUCCUUCUACGGGACGCUGCAGCCCGUGUCGCCAUGGCGAUGGCUGUCCUCCAUCUUGUUGCCCGUGGUGGUGACGCUGCGGGCGCUGAAGAGGCGGAGCCUGGACCGGUCCGGGGCGCUGGGAGCUCUCCUGGUGGGAUUCGUGUUGACGAUGGCAAACUACAGCUUCUUCUCGGCUCUGCUGACGUUCUACAUCACCUCCUCCAGGCUGACUCGCUGGGGGGGGGCGAAGAAGAAGAAGAUAGACGCCGAGUACAAAGAAGGCGGCCAGAGAAACUGGGUCCAGGUCUUCUGUAACGGGGGGGUCCCUACCGAGCUGGCUCUGCUCUACAUGAUAGAGGUGGGUCCAGGUGAGAUCCCCGUUGACUUCAGUAAACAAUACUCCGCCUCCUGGAUGUGCCUCUCGCUGCUGGGCGCGCUCGCCUGCAGCGCCGGCGACACCUGGGCGUCGGAGGUGGGGCCAGUGCUCAGCCAAUCACGGCCGAGGCUCAUCACCACCUGGAAGGAAGUGCCCACAGGAACUAACGGAGGAGUCACUCCCGUCGGAUUGGUCGCCAGCCUACUUGGCGGGACCGUUGUGGGCGUGGCCUACUUCAUAACGCAGCUCCUAACGGUCCCCGACCUCCACCUGUCGGACCCCCAGUGGCCAAUCGUGGUGUACGGGGGCGUGGCCGGCCUGGUGGGCUCGCUGCUGGACUCUUUCCUGGGAGCUCACAUGCAGUAUUCAGGCUUCGACUCGAGCAUCGGGAAGGUGGUGAGUUACGAGUCGGCCACCACCCAGUGGAUCUGCGGGAAGCCCAUCUUAGACAACAACGCCGUCAACCUGUUCUCCACGGUCCUCAUCGCCCUCGUCCUGCCCGGCCUGGCCUGGGGGAUGUGGCCUCGAUAGAGACUGGAUGAUGACGUAGUGAAAGGGAGGGGGAGGGGCAUCAACCCGGAAGUCGCCAUGUUGGAGGCGCUCAGCAAGGUAAACAAACUGAAGUGGAUGGUGGAAAAAUGGUGAAUUAUUGUCGUGUUUUUGACUGCACCAUGAAAAACUGUUGGGAUUUUAUGUUCUGCCAGAAGUUACCGUAGGAAAGGACGCGAUACAACAAUAAUUAACCAUUUCCCACCAUCUAAUUCAAGUGCCUUCAACAUGAAGACUUCCAGACUGAUGAGUCGUGGUGAAAAUGUUCUAUUAAAGUAUUUUGUUAAAAAAAAAAAAAUUGAUUUUUGGUUGUUGAAAUUUCUAUUAUUGUGACAAAAUAUCCUCGAGUUUCUUAAGGCUGUAGGUGUUUAACAUCUGCUGUUCACGUGUACAAAUAGAUUCUUUGAGAAA